AUGGUUUUAAUUUUCUUUGAAGUUGAAGAUUUUUACUCUUCCUAUGCAGUUUGUAGGAAAUGUAUCUAUGAGAAAAUCACAGAAGACGAGAUAGAGUGCUGUCCAGUUUGCAAUAUCGACCUUGGUGGCACCCCAUUGGACAAGCUUAGGCCUGACCACAAUUUACAAGACCUGAGAGCCAAAAUCUUUCCUCUAAAAGGAAGAAAAGUGAAAGCUCCAGAGCCAGCAAGAAAGAAGGAGAGAUCUAUGUCUUAUUUGGUUGAUGUAACCAAAACCAAGGCGUCAGACCAAGCUGGAAGAAGAAGAACUAAAACGGUCACGAGAAAAGAGUUAUUACAAGACAGUGCUUCAUUGGCCGAGAAGGAAGAAGAAUCUCUUCUUAAGGGUCAUCUUCUGGAGAGCACAAGCUCACCCAACAAAUUCACUCAGAAUAAAAAGGAUAGUGAUGAGCCUUGGGAUCCCGAAUCUUAUUGGAAACCUUUGAAUUUUCUGGUCGAAGUGGCGAACAGGACACAGACCUUGAAGUCUUCUUCUGCUUCUCAAGGGCCAGGUUCGAAAUCUGAGAAGGCUAAUGCAUCAUCUCACAAACAAAUUCAACCCAGAGUUAAGGACCACAAGAGCAGAUAUAAACGUGAGUAUGAAAAGAGUGCAAAACGGGAGAUGAGGGAUGGUCCUGUUUGGUUCUCGCUUGUGGCGUCCACUGAUCAGCUUUGAUGAUUUCAGGAAGGAAAAACAUAUUUGCCUAAAAUUCCAGCAAUUUUUUUGAAAAUAAGGGAUGGAGAUAUUCCAGUUUCUUAUAUCCAAAAGUACCUAAUGAGGAAACUAAAUCUCCAGAGUGAAACUGAGGUAGAGAUCAGAUGUAUGGGAGAAGCAGUGAUUCCCACGCUGAAGCUUCAGAAACUGGUAGACCUAUGGUUGCAUAGAUGUUCAAAGCGCCAAAAGAUUGAUGCAUUGAUUGGUUCUUCUGCAAAGGAUUACAUGAUGGUGCUUGCCUAUGGUCGAAAGCUUCCGGAAUGCAAUAAUACGUAGAGAACUUCAAAGACUCUUUCUGCAAGAAGCAGAUUCUGUGGAGACAGAGUAGUCUUUGUUUUUCCUCCCUAUGGAAUCUCUGUAAGCAUUACAAGGAAGAACAUUAUUUGAACUGUAGGAGCAAUCGACUGUGUUGUGAAAGUUUCUUUAGCAACUCUUGUUAUGACGAUCAAACAAUGUAGCAGUAGAUGGUUAAUAUAGAAUAUAUGCAUUUGAUGCUUCGCAAAU